AUGGAGGAAGACUAUGAUAAAAUAUUAGUAAUAAAUUUUGGGAGUCAGUAUUUUCAUUUAAUUAUAAAACGUUUAAACAACAUAAAAAUAUUUAGCGAAACGAAAGAUUUUGAUGUUGAUUUAAAGGAUAUAAUAGAUUUAAAUAUAAAAGGAGUUAUUUUAUCAGGGGGUCCCCAUUCCACUAUUGAACCUGGAUCACCCCAUUUAAAAAAGGAUGUGUUUGAAUACUUUUUAAAAAAGAAAAUUCCUAUUUUGGGAAUAUGUUAUGGAAUGCAAGAAAUAGCACUAAAAAUGAAUGGAGAAGUAAAAAAAUCUAAGAAUUCUGAAUACGGGUUUACUGAUGUGAAAAUAUUAACAAAAGAGAAUGCAAAUGAUGAUAAAUAUAAGAAUUACAAAUUAAUGGAUAAUUGCGAUUUAUUUGAUAACAUAAAAGAUAAAAAAACUGUAGUAUGGAUGAAUCAUACUGAAGAAGUAACUAAAAUUCCCGAUAAUUUUUACUUAACUAAUUCAAGUGAUAAUUGUUUAAUUGCUUCUUUUUAUGAUGAAGAACAUAAAAUAUAUGGAGUUCAAUAUCAUCCAGAAGUGUAUGAAUCUGUUGAAGGAGAAAAGAUGUUUUUUAAUUUUGCUUAUAAAGUAUGUAAAUGUUCAAAGCAAUUUGAUCCUGUUAAAUAUCACGAAAUAGAAUUAAAAAAAAUUGAAAAACAUGCACAUGAUCAUUACGUUAUUGCUGCAAUGUCUGGUGGUAUCGAUAGUACUGUAGCAGCUGCACUUACAUAUAAAAUAUUUAAAAAUCGUUUUUUCGGUAUUUUCAUAGAUAAUGGAUUAUUAAGAAAAAAUGAAGGAGAGAAUGUAUUUUCCUUUUUAAAAGAACUAUUCCCUAAUAUGAACUUAACAAAAAUUGAUGCAUCUGAAAAUUUUUUAAAAAAUUUAAAAGGGGUAACAGACCCAGAAAAAAAGAGAAAAAUUAUAGGAAAACUUUUUAUUGAAGAAUUUGAGAAGGCUGUAAAAAAUAUGAAUAUAGAUAUUGAUUAUACUUAUUUAUUACAGGGUACAUUGUAUCCUGAUAUAAUAGAAAGCAAAUGCUCAAAAAAUUUAUCAGAUACUAUUAAAACUCAUCAUAAUGUUGGUGGAUUACCAACAAAUUUGAAAUUCAAAUUAUUUGAACCUUUUAGAUAUUUAUUUAAAGAUGAUGUUAAAAAAAUAGCUGAAGAAUUAAAUCUUCCAAAAUAUAUCAUAAAUAGACAUCCAUUUCCAGGACCAGGCUUAGCAAUUCGAGUUAUCGGAGAAGUAGAUGAACAUAAAUUGAAUAUAUUAAGAGAAAUAGAUGAUAUUUAUAUAAAAGAUUUAAUAUCUUAUGAAUUAUACGAUAAAAUUAAUCAAGCCUUUGCUGUAUUACUAACCACAAAAUCAGUGGGAGUUAGAGGAGACGCAAGAUCAUAUGACUAUGUAUGCGUUUUAAGAGCAGUUAAAACAUCUUCUUUUAUGACUGCUGAUUGGUAUAAAAUACCAUAUGAUAUUUUAGAAAAAAUUUCAUCUCGUAUAUUGAGUGAAGUAAAAGGAGUUAAUAGAAUUCUUUAUGAUAUUUCUUCAAAGCCUCCAUCAACAAUAGAGUUCGAAUAA